AUGGACUCUAGUCCUCAAAAAGCAUUUAUUAUUGUUAAUGAUCUUGAACAACGUCUUAAAAAUCUUUAUACAACAUGCGUACAUGAUGAACAGACAUUAAAUGAUCUUGAAUCACUUCUUAAUGAAUGUUCAAAUCAAUUGAAUUAUCUUAUUUCUUCAUCAAAUUCAACAUUAAUUGCUAUUAUUCUUCCAACACUUCUUCAUACAAUAAUAUCAUUAUCAAAAAAUUGUGCAGAAAAAUCAGAUAUAAUUAUAUUAGGAUCAUAUUUAUCACAAGAUAAACUUACAUCAUUAAUAACUAUAACGAAAACAUUACAUAAUCAAAUAAAAGAAUUUGUUAAAUCACCUAAACUUAAUAUUAUUUUAAUGAAAUCAACACAACAAAGACAUUUUUGUGAACAAUUACGUCUUGUCUCAGAUUCAAUAGCUAAUAUAGAUAUUCUUACAACAUUAAUUUGUCAUAAACUUAUUGUUAAAUUAUUAACAGGUAGUGAUGAACAACAACAACAACAAUUAUCAUAUAAUAAAAUUGAAAAUAUUAAUGAUGGUUUAAUAGUUGCUGUCUAUAAAAGUUUAUUACGACAGAUGUCUACUAUUUGUUCAAGAAAUUUACGAGAUAAAUCAGAUAAUAAUCGUGAAUCACCAACUAUUAAAAUGUAUGGAAUUUAUUUUCAAAUGUUACAUAAAUUAAUUCAAUACAAUGGUACAAUAUCUCAAAUUGAAAAUUAUCAAGAAUUUAUUCAUACAAUACAUCAAAUACAUAUAUGUCUUGAAUCAACAUGUCAACAAAAUCGUUUUCAAUUAGAAUUUUUUAAUAAUACAAUAUUAUUACAAGAAAUUCUACAAGAUUUUAUAUUUUAUUCAUUAAAAACUUCAUCAAAAUUAUUUUUUGAUGAAUUAUUUAAUGAAUUAUCCACAAAUAAAUAUAAAUAUGCAUCAUUAAUUUUACUUUUUCGUAUUAUUGAAGCAUUUGAUAUUUGUUUAACUAAACAAUCUAAUGAUGAUCUAACACUAAAUCUUAUAAAUUCUUUAAUAACUCAUCUAUUUAAUUUAAUUGAUGAAUGUCAUAUACAACUUAUAUUACCAGCACUUCUUCCUAUAACAUUUAGUAAAACACAAAUUGAAUAUGGUAGUCUUUAUGAUAUAACAUAUUCAAUAAUAAUGAGAAUUUCAAAACAUAAAUCAAUGCAAAUUAUUCUUUCAGUAAUGACGAAAAUUUUACAAAUAUCAAAUGAAAAUUCUUCAAUUAUGUUAACAUCAAUACAAUUAUCUAGUGAAUUAAUUAUACAAUCAUGGUAUUUAUAUAAUCAAUUAAUUGAAUAUCAAUAUUUAUUUGGUUUAUUUCUUUCUGAAUUAUUUCGACUUAAUAUACAUAUAAAUUUAAUAAAUUAUUUAUUAACAAUGCCAAAUAUACGUACAAUGAAAUAUUAUACAUAUGAUAUAUAUAUAUCAUCAAAUACAUAUAAUUCUAUAUAUGAUUUUUAUUUACUUAUUAAAAAUAAUUCAUUAAAAGAACCAUUUAUUAAUUCAACAAAUAUAUCAUUUAUUUAUCCAACAAAUAUUGAACAUCUUUAUAUAUUUAUACGUUUAUUUAAUACAGAAUUAAAUUUAAAUCAAAUACAAUAUACAAUUGAUACAUGUAUUUAUUCUAUACAACAAUUUCUUUCAUUACCUUUUAUAACAGAAUUAACAUCAAUGAAUUUUAUAUUAAUUUUACGUAUAUUAUCAUAUAUAAAUAUAAAUAAUUCAAAUGAAAAUUUUAAAUGUUUACUUGGUCAAUUAACACAAAUAUUUAUUUUACUUGAUGAACAAACAGCUAUGGAUAUUAGAUUAGAAUUAUUAAAUGUUUUUACAAUACAUUCAAAUAUACUUGAUGAUAAUGAUCUUGGAAGAUUGUUAGACUUUAUGUUAACAAAUUCAAUUGAAUCAAAUUCAAAUUCACUUGCAUUUCAUAUUGGUUGUUUAAAUGUUGUAGAUUCAUUAAAACAACGAUCAUCACGUAGUGCUAAUAUAACUGAUCUUAUUAUACAAUUAAUUGUUCGAUAUGGAAAUGAACAUCAAUGUAGUCAUUUACUUAAAGCUCAUCUUAUGCAAAUUUUCAUGGCAUAUAUAACCAAUGGUAAUGAUGAUUCAUUACCUAAGCGAGUGAAAUCUCAAUGUCUACUCUUACGUGCUGAUAUUGAUGAAUUUGAAAAGAAUAAGAAAACAAUAGGAACAACAAAUAAUCGUUUUUCAAAUGAAAAUACACUCAAAAUACUUGAUUCUGUACGAUCAUCAAUGAUUACAACAACAAGAAAAGAUUUAAUAACAAAUGAACAUAAUGUUCAAUUAAAAUUUUAUCAAACGAUUGUUAAUGAACUUGAAUUUCAUAAAUGUUCAAUAUCAAUACAAAAUCCUAAUGCAAUGCAACAAGACUAA